AUGCAUGUGGAGGAUGUAUCCCCAAAAAUACCAUGCGACUCUGUGAGUCGCGAUGGUUUACAGGUAGCCAAUGACUGGCCUAAUAGGGGCGAGAUCUUUUUUGAGAAUGUCUCUCUGCGCUACGAUGCAGACAGAAAUCCGGUGAUCACAGAUUUGUCUUUGAAAAUACCAGCUGGGCAAAAGUUGGGCAUUUGUGGGAGAACCGGUAGCGGAAAAUCAUCGACCGUUAUGGCCCUCUUCCGAUUGAUCGAGAUCAGCCAAGGACGCAUCCUGUUGGAUGGCAUUGACAUCCGGCAAGUGCCUCUUCGAAUAUUGCGAUCGCGGUUAUCGGCUAUACCGCAGGAUGCAAUAAUGUUUAGCGGCACGAUCAGAGAAAAUCUGGAUCCAUUUUCGGAACACGAGGACCAAGAAAUCUGGCGAGCCUUGGAGCUUUCGCAAAUCAAGGAUGUCAUAGCUUCGUAUCCCGAAGGAUUAAACCUCGAGGUACGAGAAGGCGGCGAGAACUUUUCAGCCGGUCAACUGCAACUGCUUUGCAUGGCACGUGCGAUCCUUCAGCGAUCGAGUAUCGUCGUACUCGACGAGGCAACCAGCGCGCUUGACAUAGCCACUGAGAAGUCGCUCCUGAAAGCGGCUGCUGUCGCUUUCGAGGACAGAACUGUGAUCACCAUCGCGCAUCGAGCGGCGGCUUUGUUGAAUUGUGAUCGCAUCAUUGUUUUCGACGAGGGCAAAAUCAUCGAAGAGGGCUCACCGGCAGAUUUAAUGCAAAGACAGAAUGGAGUCUUUUCCGCGAUGAUCAAAGCGGUCGAGCAAAGCGGCGAACAACGAUGAGAAAAUGUCAAUUAACUUUACAAAUAUAUAUACUGUCGAUUUAAGAUACAAAUUCAAAGACUGCUUUAGAAUAGGAAAGUUUCUCUGUAACGACGUUAAAAGAUAUAUAUGUAUAUACAUAUAUGUAUAU